CAGGCCGCCGCCGCCGCGCACGCCGCCAAGGCCGACGACCUGCCCGCCGACAGCCUCGUCGCCAAGGCGUGGCGCGCCAUGAUGGAGGAGAUGGAGGCUGCGGCCAAGACGCUGCGCCAGAACGCAGAGGUGGUGGAGAGCCAGUCGCUGGAGGCGCUCAACAACAUCUACGCCGAGAAGCGGCGCGCCCGCAAGCAGUACAUGGAGGACUACAACAAGAUCGUCUCGCAGUUCUCACAGCUGAUGGAGGAGGUUUCCCGCAAGAAGACGGAGUACCAGAAAUACCUGGAGCUGUACAAGCUGAUGCGGUCCAGGUUUGAGGAGCACUACGUCAAAGCGGGCCGCGGCGGGCGCAAGCUGGACGAGGUGCGGGACAAGUUCCAGAAGGCGUGCCGGCGGCUGCACGCCACGCACAACGAGUACGUGCUGCUGCUGGCGGCGGCGGCCGAGGCGGAGCGCGCGCUGCGGCACCUGCUGCUGCCGGCCGCCGGGCGCCGCGCGCGCGCCGCCCACCUCGCGCUGCUGCCGGCCUGGCGACACGCGCUGCGCGCCGCCGCCCCCGCGCCCGCCCCCGCGCUCCAGGCCGCGCUCGACGCGCUCGACGACGCCGGCCGCGAGUACGACGAGUUCGCCGCCGACCCCGCCAGGUCGUCGCCGCAGGGGCCGGCCACGCCGACGCUGUCUUUCGACGACAGCCUGGUGGAGGACACGUCGGGGAAGCUGCUGCCCAACCAGCUGGCCGUGGACAACCUCACCAUCGAGAGCCUGCGCGCGCGCCUGCAGGAGCUGGAGGCCGGCGUGCGCGACAGCCAGGAGCUGCAGCGCCACCUCACCGCGCAGCUGCCCUCCGAGCCGGCAGCCAGGGAGCUGGUGGAGGUGCAGUGCGUGGAGCGGCGGCUGCAGCGGCAGCUGGAGAUGAUCCGCGGCGCUCUCAGCGAGCUGGGCUGCGAGGAGCUGCCCUCGGGUUGCGACCUCUCCCUGUCCCUGUCCGUGGAGGCCGCCUUCCGCCAGCCGCCCGCCACCAACGGCGCCGUCGCCGCCGCCGCAGACGCCGACGGCGGCGCGCUCACGCCGCACGACCCGCCUUCCACGCCCACGCAGGGAGGAGAGCGGCGCUCGUCCGAGUCCACGUUCGCGCUGGUGAGACAGCAGGUGUGCCACCACUUCGCGACUCUGCUGCGGAAACCGUUCCGCAGGAAAUCCGUGCCGUCCUCCCCCGCGGUGUCGGUGCGGGGGCUGCCCCCCCCUGCUGCUGCUGGUGGUGGUCGUGGUGGUGGUCGUGGUGGUGGUGGUUUGCGCGGGGAGAGGGGACACAGUGAGCCGGCUGACGACAAACUGGUGCAGAGCGCGCGGCCGCUGCAGGAGGAGGAGUGGUUCCACGGGGUGCUGCCGCGCGACGAGGUGGUGCGCCUGCUGACACACGAGGGCGACUUCCUGGUGCGAGAGACGGUGCGCCACGAGGAGAGCCAGGUGGUGCUCUCCGUCUGCUGGGGCGGCCACCACAAGCACUUCAUCGUGCAGACCACCGCCGACGGCAGCUUCAGGUUCGAGGGUCCCGCCUUCCCGACGGUGCAGGAGCUGAUCCAGUACCAGCAGCAGAGCCAGCUGCCCGUGACGGCGCGCUCCGGCGCCGUCUUGACCCGCGCCGUCUACCGCGAGCGCUGGGAGCUCAACAACGACGACGUCAUCCUCGUGGAGCAGAUCGGGCGGGGUAACUUCGGGGACGUGCACAGAGGUAAACUGCGAAAAACUGGGAUGGAGGUCGCAGUAAAAACCUGCCGAAUGACAGUCCCCGAAGAGCACCGUCGCAAAUUCCUCCAAGAGGGGCGCAUCCUGAAGCAGUAUAACCACCCGAAUAUUGUCAGGCUGAUUGGAAUCUGUGUGCAGAAGCAGCCCAUCAUGAUAGUCAUGGAGCUGGUUCCAGGUGGCUCGUUGCUUAAGUUCCUGCGCAGCCACGAGGACGGACUGACGCAGCGACAGCUGCUGGGGAUGUGCCGCGACACCGCCGCGGGCAUGAGCUACCUCGAGUCCCACAACUGCAUCCACCGUGACCUCGCUGCCAGGAACUGCCUCAUAGGCCAGAACAACAUAGUCAAGAUUUCGGACUUUGGCAUGUCACGAGAAGAAGAGGAGUACAUUGUUUCUGAUGGAAUGAAGCAGAUACCUAUCAAGUGGACAGCACCAGAGGCCCUAAACUUUGGUAAAUACACGUCACUGUGUGAUGUGUGGAGUUAUGGCAUUCUCAUUUGGGAAAUAUUUUCUCGUGGAGGAGUGCCGUACAAUGGUAUGAGUAAUUCACAGGCACGUGAGAAAAUUGACAAUGGAUACCGGAUGCCGAAGCCCGACGGGACGCCGGACGAGAUGUACCGCCUGAUGCUGAGCUGCUGGGAGUACAAGCCCGAGAAGCGGCCACAUUUUGACCAGAUCCUGACGGUCGUCGAGACUCUGCACGGCGCUGCGAGGUAGAUCGUGGCCCGACUGUCACUACGGUGCCGAUAGCUGUGACCGUCAUUACGUAGUCGCCGAAGUGAAUUCGAAAAGAGCGGUCGCAGCGGUAUACUAGUCCGACCCGAGUGCCUCCGAACAGCUGGUAGAACACACCACUCUGUAUUUGUCAGGUGCUAGUCAUUAAGUCUGGCUGACAUAAUUGUGUCAAUACAGUAUUAUUGUGCCAAGUUUCUCAUUUAUUUCAGAGACCUAUUUAGCCAAUCUUUGUGUAGCUAUUAACAAGUGUAAAAUAGUAUAAAGCAGCUAGUGAACAAAAUUUCUUACCUGCUGGAUAUUCAUUGUGCUAUGUGUACAGAAAUGUUAAUACUUUAAAAGUUAGUGGACUUGCUCAACAUCCUAUUCUUUUAUACUGAAAUUAUUUUACAUUACAAAUGUUUAAUCAGCCAGACAAAUUAGAGCCAAGAGACUGUUACUAAAGAAUCUCAGGAGAUUUGAAAUUUUGAGGCAGCUAAUGCUACAGUCACUGUUCAGCUUCUGUGUCAUCAUCUUUCACAUUUCUGGAAACGAGAGCUACUGUUAUGGCCGUCUGUCCCAAAAUGUCCUUUUUCUUAUUGCUAACAUUAAUUGUGUGUAAAAUAGAAUGUUAGCAUGUUAAUAUUGUAAUUCAAUAAAGAAUAACAAUAAACCGUACGUUUCAAUACA